UCCAUUUUUCAUACGUAGCUGGCGCGCGCUCUACAGAGUAAACAUCGGCGAUAUGAGCAGUCAAAGCUCCCGAAAUGAUUUUGCUGGAACAACUGUUAACGGCUCGGACGCUGCGGUCCCUGGGAGAGAUCGAAAGUCAGGUGGCGGUGUUCUAAAAAAGCUGAAAUCGCGAAAAAAUCAGCCAGAUAGACGGCCUGUUACGGAGGAUGAACUACGGGCACUGGGGAAAGACAUUACUCCAGACGGUGUCCUCGGGCUUCGCUCUGUCACCCGUGAUUACCUUUGCAAGCCAGAAGACAACAUUUACAACAUCGACUUCAUACGCUUCAAGAUUAGAGACCUGGAAACCAAUACAGUGCUCUUUGAGAUUGCCAAGCCUCCGAACUGUGACCUGUUGGAUGAAGACGAUGAAAAUGGAGACAUUGAUUCCAGUGCGGGGCGCUUUGUGCGUUAUCAGUUCACCCCAGCGUUUCUCAGGCUGCGCACUGUUGGAGCCACGGUGGAGUUCACGGUGGGAGAACGCCCGGUGCAAAACUUCCGGAUGAUCGAGAGGCACUAUUUCCAGGAUCGCCUGCUCAAGAAUUUCGACUUUGACUUCGGCUUCUGCAUCCCCAACAGCCGCAACACGUGCGAGCACAUCUACGAGUUUCCACAGCUCCCCGAAGACAUGAUCCGUCAGAUGGUUGACCACCCAUAUGAGACUAGGUCAGACAGCUUCUACUUUGUGGACAACAAACUCAUCAUGCACAACAAAGCAGAUUAUGCCUACGAUGGAGGUCAGUAGUGUCCAGAGACCGUGGAGCAGAAAGCAGUUCGUCUGCAUGGUGUGGACAUUUGGGAGGACCUGCUCCAUAUACACACACACACACACACACACACACACACACACACACACACAUACCACCUGCAACACACGUAACCUCUUACCCACAUCCAGCUCGGAAUGGACUCAUGUCUCUCUCUUAUUCCCUGACGAGUCACCUUAAGCGGACCUACCUUCUGCCUUUCAAAGAUUUGAAUCUUACUGUUUCUAUAGCAAGAAAAAAAAUCUCUCUUUAUUUAUGAUUCCUACAUAUGGAUGUUUGGUGCCGCUGGACAAAAUGUAUAAUGCCUUUUUUUUCUCUAAUGUUUUUGUUUGUUCUUGAGCGGGCCUAAGUCAGAUUAUGCCACAUUCCAACUUGAGUGAGUGUUUGUGUGCAUGUGUGUAGGAUGAGUCUGUAUUUGUGCUUUUACUCUUUGGGGUGAUGCUUUGCAUCUGUUAAGACUGCCAGCACAAUGCACUGGCUUAGCCAGGGAAAGAGGGUUGUAGACGAACCACCAACUGUAGCAGUCAAAGGAGACAAGGAGAGAAAGUGACACAGAGACGGUUGAUGGUGAACCCAUAGCAUUCUCAGAACUCUGAGAAAAUAAAAUCCCCCACAGGGUAACUUAAGGGUUAGUACUUUAUUCUGGUAUACUGCCUGCUCUCCAACUAUACUCUGGACCCUAUGCAGACCAUCUGAUAGACCCACGUAUUUUGUAGAAGAGAAAACAAGACACUACAUGUGAAACGUUAUGCUUAAUACACAUGCAAGGAUGUGCAUGUUUUGAUUAAUGGUUUUGUGUACGCCUGAAAUAUGAGGUGGACUGGUGGACUCAGAUUUCAUAAGACAGCACUUCUGUGGCUCCUGCCUUGGUGUUUCUGGUGCCAUGGAUCAUCGAGAUUAGCCGAAGACCUCUCAAGUGUCUUGUCCUGAACUAACUUGAGUGACAGCCCUCUCAGAGCCUGAUCCAGUGGUGCAUUGAGGACUGAGGCUUAGGUUGUCAUGGCGCCAGCAUCCAUGAGGCCUUUCACUGUCAGAGGCAGCUGCAUGUUCAGUGGGACCCUCAUUACAGUGUCACCAGCAGAGAGGGAAGAGAAGUGGGCAGCAUGUGCAUCAGAUAGUUGCAGCCAUGCUGGCUUCAGGACCAAUUUCAUUUAUCAGAAAGGUCUUGUUGUGCAGUUAUUGUUGUUAGAUAUCGCUGUUUUAUGCGGCUAGUUUGUAUAAAUAUCAGGAACAGUCCUGCCAUACUCUCUCAUGUUUUGGCAUGGUUCACAUUUUUUUGUUGUUGUUGUUUUACUUGAUUUUAUGAAACCUGACCACUCUGCAAAGCACCUGUAGCAAGCUUCAGCUAAACUGUGUGCACAUUGGUUCCUACAUGCAGGUAUGCUGAGCACAGAAAUAAACUAAGUGUCCUUCGGAUCCACAGGGUGAAAAGUCUUCUUGUCAUUGGCAAAUAUUUUGUGCCACUUUCCUGCGUGUCUUGGAUUCCUGCUAGGGUUGAAGGUCUCCACCCAUCUUUGGUUUUGUGUGUGUUUUGUUUUUGUGAAACAGCACCCUCGGAUUCAGUUAAUAUAUGAUUUCCUUGUCAUUUUAAUGAACGGAUCAGGUGUGCUCAAGACGGAGACCCAACAACGUUGUGCGGUGGGCUCCUCUGUAUGUAGGAACAAACAUGAGUGAACAACCAGCAUCAAAGUGGAGAAACGUUUGAUGGGUUCAUGAAGACCUUAGUUUGUAGUGACAAGUUAGCAUUUCCACAAGACUGGACCCAUCACACUUCACAGACAGUGAAUCUCUGGUUGAAGAAGUGAAGUGAAUUCACCACAAAAGCUUUGCUUUGUUAAUACAGACAUACUUGAUGCGGAUGAGAUACACAAGGGCAUCCAGAUGAUGUUCACAGUUGAGAUGUUGAGAGACCUGAUUCAGUUUGACCUGCAUUGAUGUCUGUCUGUCACACUGCGUGUCAGAACAGGAUCUUCGUGACCUGUGGAGAUUGGGCUGCAGUACAGCCGCCUCUCACAGUUUGGGGUUCAGAUAGCUACCCCUGGUUCAGAGUUUUAUUGACUUUCUUUUUGUACUAUACCGUUACAUAGUCCCUAAAUGUUUCUGACAUUUUUCAUAAUGGUGAUUGAUUAAAAAGUAAUUCAUUUCAGGUAAACCUGGUAAUCAUCGAGUUGUUCAAAGAUGGCCAUGCACAUUCAUUCUUAACUCAGCCUAUAUUUCUAAGUGUACAUAUUUUCCACGGAUGUUGGUUUGUGUGUUUGGCCUAUAUCCUCCCUCCAACUCUGACUGCCUGUACACUAAGGGGACAUUUCUGUGUUUGCAGUGAUGCUGUGUGUGUGAGUGUUACAAGUCAGCUGCAAACUGUAUGUUUGGUCGACCAUCUCCUGUAGAAAUAUAUUUGUCUGUAUUUAAAAAAAAAAAAAAAAAAAAAAAUGUUACACAUUUCUGCCUUUGUUGUGUGAUAGUACAACUAAAAGCAUGGAGAAUGAUUGAUUGGUUGAUUGGUUGAUCGGUUGAUCGAUUGGUUGACUGAUGCUAAAUAAUGGCUGCCGAUGAAGGACCGAGUCCCUGUCAGGUGACCUGGUGCCUGUUGAUUCGUCACCAUUGCGUGUGAACUGGAAACCUCUAGCAUUUCAUGAUUUAUUUUCCGUUACUCAUUUUCGCUUUGUUUAUUUCGUUAUCCACUUGUUUUUUUUUCUGACUGAAUUAUUAUGUUUCUUUGCAACAACAAACUACCAUUAUUAUUGUUACAUGUUUAUUUUUUAUAAGCCUGUAUCAGGACAAUUAUCAUGUUAAUUGGUUGUGCACAGUGGCUUUCUGUUCUCUGUUCUGUUCCGAGUUCCUCAAUAUGCCUAUGGGUGUUUUUGGAGAUUUAAGUCCUUAGUCCCUGCCUAUCUCUCUGUGUGGCUUUCAUCAAGCAGGUGCAGUUGACAGGAGCCAGCAGCGCAGGAGUGUACAGAUAUGGGUUGUUUAUCAGUGUUGUCCAUGUUGUUAGGCCACUUUUGACCGGUUUGGAGUGAAAAUACUGUCUUUUGUUUCGGACAUUCACAUUGAGAUACGGUUUUGGUUUCAUUUUGCACCAAAAAGGCCCAUGUGACCAAAAUCCCCUCAUCAUGUUACCCGUUUGCCUGUCUGAGCGUAAGGGAAUGUAUGAAGAUGGUUCCUUCGCUUUUGUUUGGUCUUUGACAAUGUCUGAGUUGGUUCAUUUUGAUGCCCUGGAGGAAAAUAAAUGACUCAUUUCAUAA